GAUGGGAGCGGCUCUUAAACGUCUUGGGACUUUCAGUGCUAACAUACGUAAGGAUGGAUAACUACGUAGCUAAGCUGAACGAGUAUGCACAGAGGCAGCGGCUGGUGCUGCAGUUUGAGGAGAUUGGAGUUGCUGGGCCUGACCACAUUAAAACAUUUACUCUAAGAGCCGUCCUGGAUGGUAAAGCCUAUCCUGACGGUGUCGGAAAGAACAAGAAGGAAGCCAGACAGAACGCGGCUAAAAAUGCUUUGGCAGGAUUGUUGGAGAAACCAGCUGAUAUUGUAAGGUUAUUACUCCACUGCAUUCACUCACUGUAUGCAGGGAUAUUUGUUUUAAUCUGCUGUAUGUUUGUUGGUUACAAACAGACAGAAAAUGCUGCAGAAGUUUCUGCUACAUCAGUUCAUCAGACAAGUACCAGUAACAUCAACUACAUAUGCUGGCUCAAUGAAUAUGGACAAAAGAAUAGGGUGCUUGUAAGGCCCGUGGAGACUACCAGACCUGGACUAAAUAAUCAAUGGUGUAACUUUAUAGUUGGUGACAAGGAGUAUCCAGCAGCCUCUGGGAAAACAAGGAGGGAAGCAAAGGAGGAAGCAGCCAAACUUGUAUAUCAUGAAAUAUGUGGCAGUAAAAGUUCAGAGACUGGAGAUGAGAAAUGCGUUUUAACAUCAAGUCAACAAAGCGAGGAAAUAAAACAAAAUGUUGCAGAUGUCUGCAAUCGGACAAAGAGUUUGACUCUGAGGACUGAAGAGAAAAAUUUUACAGAGUCAAAUUUCGUAGGACUUGUCAACCACUACUGUCAGAAAAUAUCCUGCUCCCAUAUGUUUAUUGAAGAGAAUAUAUGUGGACCACCUCAUAACCGACAAUUUUUCUACAAAUUAGUCAUAGACAACAAGGAAUACCCUGUGGGUGAGGGUAGGAGUGCCAAGGAAGCCAAACAAAAUGCAGCUCGGUUGGCCUGGUCUGCUCUUCAGGAACAGUCGGACUGGGACAGCAAGAUAACUGUCAGGUCAGCAGUGUCAGAUGAUGGAGCACCAGCCAAGCUAUCCACACCACCAAGCACGCUGGACUCCGGCCAUCCAAAAUCAAGUAGCACAAACGACUCAGAUGUUCUGUCCAGUUCAUCCAGCUCUUUCAUGGAGCAGAUUGGAGAUGGAAAACACGGUGGUUCAUCGAGUCAUCAAAGGGAAGAAAUAAAUCAGGAUCAUGAUGACAACUGCGCUAACACAAAGAUCAUAAAGAGAGAAGGGGAAAGCUUUACAGAAGAAAAUUUCAUAGGAGUCAUCAAUCUGUACUGUCAGAAAACAAAGCAUUGCCACGAUUACAUCUUAGUGAGGAAAUGCGGUCCCCCACAUAACCCUCAAUUCUUCUACAAAGUAGUCAUAGACAGCAAGGAGUACCCUGUGGGUGAGGGGAAGACUGUCAAAGAGGCCAAACAACAUGCAGCUCAGCAGGCCUGGUCUGUUCUUCAGGAACAAUCAAAUUGGGAUAGCAAGUUAACCCCUUUGUCAGGUGAUGUUACACCAGUCCAGCUGUCCACCCCAGCAAGCACACCGACAUCACCUGAUGCAAAAUCAGAAAGAAUACCAACGACUACAAGUGACUUAGUUGUUUCCCCCAAGGUGCCAAAACCUCCCAAAGAUCAGGACCCUGAUUUGAAACCUAAAAGGAAAAUUGCAGCCAAUUUCGAUAAUGCUUCUAGAAACAGAAAAAAGGAUUUGCACAACUCUGAUUUCAAAGAAAAGAGGAAAGAAAAGAAAAGUUCCAGUGAAAAUACAUCAAGUACAAUCGUAGCAUCGAGGUUUACUUCAGAAUUUGACUCCAUAGAGCGGCUUGGCAAAGGUGCCUUUGGUCGUGUUUUUAAGGCAAAACAUAAACUGCUGGAAAAAUAUUAUGCUAUUAAAAUUGUUCGCUGCAAAGAAAAGGCUCUCAGAGAGGUGUCGGCAUUAUCAGACCUCCACCACUCCCACAUUGUUCGAUACUACACAUGUUGGAUGGAGGAUUUUGAAUACCAAUGGGACAGUACAGCUGACAGUUACAGUACUUCACAGUCUACUGGUGAUUCAUCUGCAAAGUCCCUCUAUAUUCAGAUGGAGCUGUGUGACACUAAAACACUUCGAGUGUGGAUCGAUGAGAAGAAUACUCUGAAUAUGAAGAAAUCUCUGCGAGACUCCAAGAGAAGAGAAGACAGCUUAAUCAUUAUUCAGCAAAUAGUCAGUGGAGUCGAGUACAUUCACUCGAAGAUGUUUAUCCACAGAGACCUGAAGCCUGCCAACAUCAUGUUUGGUCGGGAUGGAGAAGUGAAGAUUGGAGACUUCGGUCUGGUCACUGCUGAGAUUGAGGAUGAUGCUGAAAACCUGCUGGAAAGAAGUGCCUACAAAGGAACGCCUUCAUAUAUGGCUCCUGAGCAGAAGAGCAAGAGCCAUUACGACCGAAAAGUAGACAUAUUUGCUUUGGGGUUGAUAUAUUUUGAACUUCUUUGGAACCUCUCUGCUGGCUCUGAAAGGAAAGUGGUUUGGGACAAUGCUCGAAGCCAGAAGCUUCCUCAGGGGUUUUUGAACAAUUUUCCCCAAGAGCACCAAAUCAUAAAGGCAAUGCUGCAUGCGAAGCCAGAAGACCGACCUGAAGCAAGUAAACUAAACGAGGCGCUGAAAGAGUACACUCAUGCACUUUACAUGCAAAAAAACAUGUUUCGAAGUAGGAACACUGUUUGACAAUUAUAAGGACUCCAAAGAGAAGUUUUUAAAAGAACACUCAAAUUAGUCAUUUCAUGUGAGACUAUUCGGUUUGCAUGCAGUGCAUGUGUGGAUGUUUUAACUGUUCAAGGAACUACUUCCUUUAAUGCUUUUCUUUUCGGGGGUCUGAUGCAUCAUCAGAUAUGUUCUACUUUGUUUAAAAACGGGCUCAUGAACUCAUUCAUGUCAUUAUUAGUGAAUAAAACAUGAAUUCAAAUUUGUGCCAUUAUUCACUU